GGUUGCCUGUGGUACAUCGUUUCACCGAUUUUCAAAAUGGCGCCUAAAAUACGACGUCGAAAAGUUUUUGUUUACAAUCCGUUUUGCUUGACUACUAUUACUUUUUUCUGGUAAAAGAAGAACAUGGCUCCGGCUCGGUCGUGGAGAAAGGCAUAUUUUUCCUUUGAAAUUAAAGAUUAAGGAUCUAUGGAGGAAACUGAGGAGAAAAGCUCUUCCGACAUGAGCACGAAAGACUGGCUUCGACAUGCAGACCAAUCUUUAUCUAGACUGCAGGGUGUCAAAAAGAACCGAUACCAGCUUGGGGGUGGGCCACGCGAGAGGGAGGUUAAUUGUCAGUGUAACUACCGCAGUAAGAGCAAGUCCAGCUAUCUUAGUAUGGAAGCUGGGCCACCUCAGAUGUCCCAGUACAGUCAGGAGACUGCAAGUAACUCUGAAAUAUCCAUACCUGAGUUAUUAAAGCACUAUAAUGACAAAAAGCUUCAAAAGCCUCCCAAGAAACGCAGGCCAUAUUCAGCCACAGUUCACCCUGUGACUGAUAGUCCAAAGCAAACAACUCGGCCACAAGGAAUGAAAACUGCACCCAGCAACAAACCCUUUAUUGCAGCAAAAGGGUCUACACUCAGCCUAAAGCCACGCCCAGCCAGUGGCUCGUCCAGUACUGCUUCUGGUGACAACCGACUGUAUAGUGGGGGCUGUCUUCUUCAUCUUGACCCCGAGCAUGUUAUUAACGAACAAAAAGCUACAUUAGAAGGAUUACGGAAAUAUUCUGCAUUUGGACAAACCGGAGAAUAUUUCAGCCCAACCCCUCCCCCGCCCAGGGCGUCCCCAGAGCCUCCUCCUGAUGCAGAAGCUCCGUUUGAUGAUGACGUCACUCAUCAUGAUGAUGCUGAUGGCCGUGAUGAUGAUUUCGAUGAUGAUAACGAUGGUGGGUUCAGCGAAGGUGAAGAAAGCGAUGAUUCCUUUGAUCUGGUGACGUCGUCCUCUAUUUCCAGGCCGCUAGUGUUUGAGAUUCCCACCGCAGAUCUUGAUGGAGGAGAGAGUGGGGAUGAAACCAGGGUGCAGCCAUCAGCCCCUCGCAAUAGCUUUGAGGAGUGCCAGGAAGCGCCUGAGCCAGAAGAACGUGCAUUGUCCGCUGAUUACGUGGCCAAGAGUGACACAUUCCUACAGGAUCUUGCCAUCAAGCAGCAGCAAGAAUCCGCAGAGCUGACGGAAAUGAUGAACGACAUGGCGUUUGCCGAACACCGCGUUCAGGACAUAGACCUACACAGUCUGAUGAGCUCACGCAUGACUACCACCACCCCUAGGGGAAACGCUUCGAGCUCCCAAGGGGAGUCUAGUGGGUUGAAGGUUGUUAACAUAGGUCAACAGAUACUUGACCCCCAAGGUCUAGAAGGCGAAUACGAGGUCACUUGGGUUGAGGACCCAUAUGUGCCCCGAGUACCAACUGGACCUCGGGAAUUCCCCGAGCGAUUUCACCCUCCGUUGCGGCGAGUGCAGUCUGCGAAAAUGAGUAGGGAUGUUAAAGAUGGCGAAUUUGUGUUGAAAGGAAGGAACUUUGAGUUUUUGGACGCGCAUGAUUUGAGUGUGACUGGGAGACUGGGUGGGAGUGCAAGACACAGGUCUUCAGAGAGUUCCCCAAGUUAUACGCCACCGAAAAAGGCGGUACCAUCACGUGGCCAUCAGACCCCCAAAAGCAACAUAACGCCAAGCAGUAUUAGCACCUCUGAAGAGCACAAGAUCGCUGGUAAACCUCCGCGACCUAAGUCAAGCAAAAGACGGACGUCUAAACCCACAACCCACCUUCCUUCCUCCAAACAACACGAUACUGUCAACGACGAUACAAAACCCAUCCCCCACCCUCCCUCCGUCAGGAAGUCAUCGCUCCGAAAGUCAUUCUCACAGGGUGACGUGAGGUGCCUGUCACCGGAAGUGAUUUCCAGCGUGAAAAAGACUGUCUCAUUCAGUAAUGAAGUGCUAGAAAAGCAUACUUCAAAAACACUAGGCGUCCAAAGAAAAUGCGUCGACCAAAAUCAGGAGAGCAAAGAGAACUCUAGCAAAUUAGCAUGCAGCCACGCCGCCAGCGAUGACGACAAUCCCAAUAAAUCACCUUCAAACAGCGCCCUCAAUAUGGGGGUCAUUAUUCAGAAUGGUGAAGAAGUGAAGGGACUAGAAGGUAACGCGCAGCAGAGUCCCUCUUUUUCUGUACCCCAAGCUCCAGCUAAGACAAACGAUAAGAAGGAAGGAGGCCUGAACGUCGUCGCGAAGUUGAAGGAAGCCACGCGAUGCUCGUGUCACGAGGAGCAGUGCCCGUGCCGUGAUAUCAUCAGGCCGACCAUGGGGGUCCUGUGUCAAGCAAAGGCGGCGAGGGAGCGCGCAGAUGACGCCGGGAAGACUGAUGUGACUAAAGAAAAAUUACUGAAACAGCGUCUCUCCCGACCUAGUUCUGCACCCAUAAGACGAGCCCAAGCUGAGCGACCCCGCUCACCGCCCAGUCCCACGCGGUCGAGGAUCACAUCAGCGAUGCAUAAGCGAAGUGGAUCAGAGGGAGCAAGAAGACCAAGACCAGUGUCCGCACACAUCAGACGGCCAAGCAGCAAGGAAACAAGGCGAAGAGUCGCUCAAGAUGACAACAGGACCCGUCCUGGCUCAGGGAUCACUUCCAGAAGCAACUUUUCUAUGAAGGCUGCUGACCUGAGCUCUCAAGACCUCGGUUUCGUGUGGGGAGCGGACGAUGAUGGUAUCGCCGCCUCUGAAGAAUGCGAAGAUGUCUAUAACCGAUUCAAAGAGAAGGGCAUUGCAAUCUCCAUGGAAACUGUCAAAAGAGGCCUGAUGCCGCCCGCGCGAAGGGCUUCCGAAAGCUGUAUGACUACACUAGCAUUCUCAACCAGCUCGGGGCUACUAAGCAGACCGGAGACUUGGAUGCCGGAAGAGUACGCCCGUAUAAAGAAAUGGGACAGAGUUCUUAAAAAAGGAAGAUGAAACACUGCUCGGAGGUGGACACGGUUUCCAUGGUGCCCGUGCUUGAUGACUUAGCAUAUCGCUUGGUUAGAUUGUAAUAGCCCAACGUUAUCCCUUGUUAACGCGUUUCAUACUCGAGUGUAAAUCAUGUACAGACAUUUUCGAAUUUUUUAUGAUUUUGUAGAUAGAAAUGUAAAUAGCAACAUCUAAAAUAAAGGUCUGCAACCAUGGCUGA